UUCAACUUCAAAAAAGAUAAAGUUCUCACAUCACUAGAAGUACUGAUAAAAAUAUAUAUUUUUAUUUUUCGCUUACUUUAAACUGUUGAAGAAAAAGAUCUGAAUAAUGCCGGCCUUUCACUCGGAGAUUGAGGAGUUUCAAGGAUCGGUGGGUAAUAUGGCCAUUUUACCACUACGUACACAAAUCCGAGGACCAGCGCCCAACGUUGAUAUUCCCAACGAUAUCAUCGAUGAGUCACUGUACUUCUGGAAGUCAAACAUUUUCUUCCGUACAUACGAAGUUAAGUCGGAAGUGGACCGGGUGCUUAUCUACAUAACGCUGUACAUAACCGAAUGUUUGAAGCGUUUGGCGCGCUGCACGAGCAAAUCGCAGGGUCAGCAGGAGCUCCAUACCCUGGCCAUCUCGCGGUUCGAUCUGCCCGGCGAUCCGGGAUUCCCCCUGAACGCCAUAUACACCAAGCCCGACGAUCCGGAGAUCAUGCGCCAGUACUUCCUGCAACUCCGCCAGGAAACCGGAACGCGACUUCUGGAGAAGGUGUUCGACACGCCGGACGACAAGCCCAGCAAGUGGUGGAUAUGCUUCGCCAAGAAGAAGUUCAUGGAGAAGAGUCUUUCGGGACCGGGAAUGUAGAAAGAUAAACCAUUUUGUAACACUUUUUUUUUUUGACUGUAAACAUUUUAGACUUCUCACUAAGCCAAGAAAAUACUGCCGACUUUUAAACAAACAAUGAUUAACGAAAACAAAACAGGACUGCUUUUCAAAAGGGCUGUUAAUACGGCUAAAUGCUAAGAAUAAAUAAAUAUUUUGAAAAAUGUUAGAAAGAAAA